AUGGCGACGGACGGGCCGAGCGUGGACGGGGUGGAGGAGGCGCCGGCGACGCCGACGUCGCUCAUGAAGGGGGUGUCGUGGCAGGAUAUUCAUCACGGGCAGGAUCUCACCUCGGUGCGGGAGUUCGAGCCGAGCGAGGUGAGCGACUCGGACGAGGACGAGUACGGGCGGCCGCGCACGAGGGGCAAACCCCAGGGUGGAUGUUGCGUCAUUCAGUGA